AUGCACGACGGUGUGGUGAGAACUGAGAUCUCUCUUGGUGGUUGUAAAUUUGUUUUAGGUGAUGGUGUUUUGAAGGUUGUGAAGGGUGCUCUAAUUGUGAUGAAGGCUCAUCAGAUUGGUAGAUUGUAUGUGUUGCAAGGGUCUACCGUUACAGGCACAGCUGCUGUAUCUUCCUCCAUGUCAGAUUCAGAUGAAACCAGAUUAUGGCACAUGAGGCUGGGACACAUGAGUGAGAAAGGCCUGACAAUGUUGAGCAAGAGAGGUCUUCUUUCUGGUCAGAGUACAUCCAAGUUGGAGUUCUGUGAUUUCAAUAAGUUCUGCAAAGAUGAAGGCAUUGUUAGACAUCUUACAGUAAAGAGGUACUCCGAAACAUAA